GUUGUUGCAGUAUUUGGAGGAAAUCAAACCAGUGACCAUGGCACUGGGAACGGCGUGGAAACAGAUGUCUUGGCUUUACUACCAGUAUCUGUUGAUUACCGCACUCUACAUGUUAGAACCCUGGGAAAGGACCAUAUUCAGUAUCCUUGUAAAGUGUGUGUGCGUGUGUCAUUUUAAAAAUUUUGUUAUUUGAGAGCAUGGUUGUCUGAGUUAACCAUUCGUGCAAAUGAUGCUAGACCACACUUUUUGUAAAGUUUAAAAAUGACUGGCAGGUUUGUACAAAAUGUCUGCUUUCAGUGUGAAGCAAAUAUAAUCAUAGAAACAUAGAAUCCCUACAGUAUGGAAACAGGCCAUUCAGCCCAUCAAGUCCACAGCAAAUCUCUGAAGAGCAUACCACUCCCCUACCCUAUCCCUAUAACCCUGCAUUUCCCAUGGCUAAUCCUCCUAGCCUGCCCAACUCUGGAUCUUUUCUGAAUUAAACAGAAGCACAGAGGACAAGAUUUCACAACCAAUCAGUCAACUUAUCUCAUGCAAUAUAAAUUGUUACUCCCUUUAAAUUUGGUAUUCUUGUUUCUGUCCUGAUGCGUUCAAAAUAAAAAGCUUCAACAGCAUUCUCAUUUUGGCAUGAUUCUUUGAAGAAUACUUAUGGAAUGAGUUUUCACCUUUAUUGAAAUAUUAGACAUUGCAGAAUAGUUGUAUAUCGACUGCUAUAGCUGGAAUUUUCCAUCUAUGUCCCAUCAGCCACAAGCACAGCAGUGAGGUUGGAGAAGAAAGAGCUAGUGGUAAUUUUAAAUUUCAAAUAAUAGGAAACACCACCACUUGCAAGUUCCCCUCCAAGCCAUUCACUAUCCUGACUUGGAAAUAUAUCAUCAUUCCUUCAC